AUCAACCGGCUAUAGUGUACUAGCUCACUGCAGAUUGUUCAAGCAUCGCAGCUAAACAUGAAAUACUUCAAUGCAAACAGCGAAUACUGCAAUCGAACACUACAACACUUUGUGUACAACCUCACCUCUUCCUACGCCGAUCAGAGGAAUGAGGCCUCCAUGGUGGCCACCUCCGUCAUCAUGUUCGCCCUCGCCACGCUGUUCUUCAACCUCAAUCUCUUCAGCCGCUUCUCUGACAUCAGCGCAAUCCUCAACCCCAGCGUUCGCCUCUUCCUCUCCACCUCGCUCUCCCUCUUCCUCCCCGUCAUGUCCUACCUCUUCUCUGAGGCCAAGAAUGAAGAUGCCUCCACCGGUGAGAUGGCCGAGCUCUCGUUGCGAGCCCGGAUAAUCCUCAUGUGGAUGCUCCUCGUGGAGCUCCUCCGCAAGAAGGUGGAGGCCAUCCUGGUCAGCGCAGGAGUCCAGGGAUAUUCGGGCACCAUCGAGCACGCCGCUCGGAUCGCCUGGCUGGGCUACCUCGUCUUCCACAACCUGAGAAGCGCCGGUAAGAAGGCACUGUAUGGGAUCCUAUGGGUCCUUGCGGCUGCCAAGCUGGUGCAGAGGUUCGUUACCUUGGAGCUGGCAAAGCGUUCCUUUGCCUACGGCAAGAACCCCCAGCUUAUCGCCUCCUACAUGACCCAGAUGCUAAAGGAAGAGCAGCAUACAAGCAGCAAUGGGCACAGUGGGUCGGUGGAUUUGAAGUGGUGCAACUAUGUCGUGCUGGGCGAAGAGGACUUGGAGAAGAAGGCCGGCCCGAACGGCUACGAUCUUCAGCCUGAUCGGCUAAUCGAUGCCAUCAAGAAAGAUGACUCCACCGUCGUCACGGUUGGCAAAAUAUGGAAGCUCGCCGAGACUGACCAGCUGCUCCAGAGUAACCCCAGGCUCAAGAGUCUCUGCCUCUCCUUCGCACUCUACAAGCUGCUGCGCCGGAGGCUGGAGGACUUCCCCAUCACCGACGCAGAUGCCCGCAACUGCCACGACGUCAUCUUCAAAUGCUUUGGCCAAGAACACCCGGACGGGGCGGCCACCUCCGUUGCCCUGUUCCAAGUCUUCAACGACGAGGUCCAGUUCCUCUGCGAGUAUUACCACUCCGUUCAACCCGUGGUGCUCGCCAGCCCCUUCUUCUUCCUUGUCAACUACAUCCUUUUCCCCAUCUUCAUAUGGGCCUUCUGUGCCCUGACCAUCAUCUUGUGCAGCAACGGGGACGUGCACUACGCGUUCCACAGCUUCAGUACUGACAACUACGCCGUAUCUUUCGGCAUAAUGAAGAUGAUUGGAUGCAUCGUGAGCAGAGUCACAAAGUCGCCGCAGAAUCUCUUCUCCACCGUCGAUAUAUCCAUCACCAUCCUGCUCUUCCUCGCCUUCGUUUAUGAGGAGGUCUGGGAGUUCAUCGUGUUCCUGCUCUCCAACUGGUUCAUGGUGUCGCUGCUCUGCAGUUACACCUCCAAGCCCCGGUGGCGGAAGAGCCCACUCAUGAGCGGGAUUAUCCGCCGCAUUCUGUGGGUGCAGAAAAGGCUGAGCCACCCCAACGUCUGCUUCAAGCAGUUCUCCGUGCUGUCUUUCUGUCGGCUGUCGUCGGCGGACGUGCCGACAGAAGCCAAGAAGACCAUCAUGGAACGUCUGGCGAACGUUAGCGACGUAGCCCCUCUCAGUCCCAGCAACGUCUUGCUACAGUCGGAGGAGUACAGUCAGUUGUUACAGUCAGAUGGACUUUUGUCGCUGUGCGACUGCAGGGCCGGCGUGGCCGAGGUCAUCCUCACGUGGCACAUCGCCACUGCGCUCUUGGAGGCGAAGCACCCGCUACGUAAGCCUACAGGCGCGGGAGCCGACCGCAAGGUGGCGACGACGCUGUCACGGUACUGCGCGUACGUGGUGGCCUUCCAUCCGGAGCUCCUCCCCGACGACAAGGACGGGACGGAGCGCGUGUACGAAGACACAAUGUCGGAUCUGAAGAAGGAGCUGGGGUGCUGGGGUUACUACUGCUAUCCACAGGCCACCCGGUCCGAAAAGCUGAUGGAGAUCGCGGGACAGCAGCAUGGGGAGCCGGCGGAGGAGGCAGUUGAUCAGAAGGCGACGGCCUCGGCGCUGCGCAAGGGAGCAAGGCUUGGGAAGGUCCUGGUCGAAAAAGCGACGGACGAGGCCGCGCGUGAACGCGUGUGGAAGCUGCUGGCCGACCUGUGGACGGAGGUCGUGGUGUACGCGGCGCCGACGGCGAGCCAGUUGCAUGUGAAGGCCCACAAGGAGGCGCUGGCGCAGGGCGGCGAGUUCAUCACCGUACUCUGGGCGCUGGUCACCCACACCGGCAUAGUCCGCCCGGCGGGGACGCCGCCUGCCUGUGUUUAA